AAACGUAACCGGCCACACCGCGGGUCCCAUCUGUCAGCAGACUAACCACGCUACCGGCAAACCAGCUGAUCCCCACUCCCAGUUCCGGCGAGUCGAAAGAUGGCCGAGAUUGCCGGCGACGAGACCCCGCCGCUACCUUCUUCUUCCGGCGCCGACGAAUCCUCCGUGUUGCCGUCCACUUCCUCUCCCACCGACGCCGAUGGCGACAAGCCGCUGCCGCGCACGAAGAAGCCCGGCACGAAGCGCCUCAUCCUCACCGCCUCCGUCCUCGUCUCCUUCAUCGUCGGACUGCCUUUCCUGCUCAAAUCCACCGAGAUCCACCGGUCGCCGCUGCCCUCUGAUGCAAUCGGCGACCUGUCCCGCCGCCUCCAAUCUAACCCCCCCUCCUUCCCCUGCGGUCUCCAUGCGGUCUUCCUCCGCUCCGGCCCUGGCCCCUCUGCUGCCUCCCUUGCCGAUCACCUGGAGCAGACAAUCUCGACCCAGCCCCAAGGUCUCAUCGCCUCUUCUACUACCGGGAACCUAUCCGUAUCAGUCACUGUCCAGUCGGAAGGUAGCUGCUCCAGCAGCAGCACUGCUGGUUCGACCUGGCAAUGUGGCUCUGUGAACACUGCAGACUUGGUUCGCGGCGACGAAGUGUUCGAUGAUUUGCUGCACUCUGCAUUGGGUGGUGGGCAUGUGGAUGGGAUGAAGGUUUACACUGUCGUCGUCGUUGAGAGUGAUGAUGGGAAUGAACCGAGGGUUGUGAUCGGAAAACACCGUCACGCUUGGGUCGUCGGUAAGGUCGAUGAUGCUGAGGCUGUGUCACUUGUUGGCAAGGUAUUCAUCAAGUAUUUCAUGAACGGCGGUAUUGAGGAUGGUGAGACAGGCAUUGGGAAAGGAGAGUUCAUGCCAGUUGGUUCAGAUGGGAAUGUUGUUCUUUCAUUUAGCUUGUUGAAUGCCGAUCCAAGUGAUUGGGUCUACGAUUGGGAGUUUGAGAAUAUUGGUGAGAGGAUGCUGACUCCUGUGGUUGAGGCACUGCGACCAAUUGCUGAUAUUAAUAUAGAGAGUCAGGUUUUGUACCACACUCCAAAAUCGUCCUAUUCUUAUUUUGACGAUAAACUGGGUGGCAGUAUCCUUAGUAUGGGAGACAUUCCUUUCUUUGUGAAUUCAAACGAGUGGCACUUGGAUACAUCAAUCUCAGCUACCGGACGAUCAAAAGUUCUUCAAUUUGUGGUGUAUAUUCCAUCUGCAAGGGAAUGCCCUUUGUAUUUGCAGCUUCCAGAUGGGGAGCUUUCGAAAACUAAUGCAUUCAUUUCCCCUAUGUGGGGAGGUGUUGUUAUUUGGAACCCACCAGGCUGUUCACUUGGUUCUAAGAAGGCGCAUGGUACUCGGACCAAAAUGUCAUCACAGGAACUUAUGGAGACUCUGGAAAUCUUCAUUGGACAACUAAGACAAUUAUUUGGUUUAAAACCAAAUCAUCUUACACAAGGCAUGGAUGUGGCAACUAAAUUUGUAGUUAGUGAAAAGGGGUUUGCACAAUGGGAAUUAGAUUUAUUAUACCGGCAUCAUGCUUGUUCCAGUCUUUUAUCAUGCCUCACCACCUUGGAGUCUCUUUCCAGCUUGGUCCAAUCCCUUCCAAGAAUGAUUGUCAUGGAUGAAAUUGGAAAGCAGGUUGAACUUUCUCUUGAAGCUGCAAGUUUAGCUCAAAGAAACGCCACUCUUGGAAUAAGUGACUCUUCAGCAGUGUCUGCAAGAAGGGCAAGGGCAUUGGCCGAGGAUGCUUUUUUUCAUCCAUCCGUUAUGUCUAUCAGUUAUGCUUCAGUGGAGCACUACUUUGCGAUUUACAUGCCAUUCUUCGCACCAGUUUCUCUGCAUGUGCUGCUGGCGGCAAUCAAAGAGCUGAAGCGCUACAAGGUAGAACGGGGGAAAUACUUGGCAUUUCUCGCUUCCCAGGCCACAGCCUCCUGAUCUGCCCGGCGCCAGCAUCAUCACUGCUUCAGGCUUGGCUAUCAUCUCACGAAAUUUGGCAGGGAAGGUAGAUGAUCUGUAAUGGUGCCAUACUUACACAUCUGGGACCUGACACGGAACUGGUGUGGACUAUUAUGCUGAUCCUAGGUAGACAAGCAGAGUUUAUUUGUAUGCGUGUGUAGUGUAAAGCUGUGUAACUUAUGGUAGAUUUCCUAGUCCGGGCGAAUGUGCCAUGAAAGCCAAUUUUUUGUUGUAGAAGCGAAUGUGCCAUGAAACCAAAUUUUGGUCGUACUAGAAUUAA